GGUUUUCUAGCUGCGCUGCGCAUGCGUUGAGACAAACUAACAGAAAGUGACACGCGUUUGUUAGUCGUUGGUGCUCUCGAAUUUGAAUAAGCGUGACGCUGCAGUCAUUCAGCAUGGAGAUAUUGCCGAGACUACUAGUUGCAUUCUUUGCCUUUUGCUUUAUUUAUAACAUUAAUUGUGAAGAUGAAAAAUUUGAACCGCCCCCCGGGACAACUGCUAUGAAGUUCACAGUACCUCAAAUGGAUGACGAAGAAUCGCAUAGCAACUUUUUACCAACAAAAAAUGUCGCUAUAAAAUGUGACGCUUGCAAAGUCAUAACAUUUAAGUUGCACGAGGGCUUUGAAAAAACGAAUAAAAAGUUUACUAAGUUGAAGUAUAACAUACCGGAGUCGGAAAUUUUGGAGAUUUUUGAAAAAGUAUGCGUUGUCGAUACAUUUAACAACUAUGGUAUAAAAGAAAUAAAUAAAGUUAAACGUCUUUCUGGGCCUGGAACUGAUGCAGCUGAUUCACCAGGUGUUAUGCAAGGAGGAGGUAAAUGGCCAGGUAGAAUAGCUGAAAUGUGUAAUAGAUUUGUUGAUGAAAUGGGUGAAGUAGAAAUUUAUAAAAUAUGGAAAAAGGAUCCAAAAUCACUUAAGAAAUUACAAAAAGAAAUGUGUUAUGGCUCUGGAAUCAGAGGGCAUUGUAAACAAGGAAAGGAUGAACUCUAG